AUGUCCAUCAACUUCUUCAAGGGCCAUCCAACAGAGUCUCUACUGCCCAACUCCACCAUCGUCAAUGCCACAACUUCUCUACUAACAGCCAAAAGAGAUUAUGAUCUUGAUCCACAAAAUAGACAUCCAUUAACUUAUGGCUCAGAUGCUGGUGCUAUUUGGGUUCGUGAUGAAGUUGCCAAAUUCUCCAAUUCAACGUUCAAGCCAAAAUCACCAACAACUCAUGAUUUUAUCAAUUUGACUGCGGGUUCAAGUUAUGGUAUUAUGAAUAUCUUAACUCAAACUACUUUACCUCAUACAAAUUAUACAAAGCAAGCUUUUUUAAUCACGCCUACUUAUUUCUUGAUCAAUGAAACGUUUAUUGAUGCUGGGUUUGGUGGUAAGAUGACUGGUAUUGAUGAAAUCCCUGGUGGUGUUGAUCUUGUUCAAUUAGAAUCGAAAUUAAAACAAUUUAAUGGCAGUGAUUCAAAUGAUGAAGAUUUGAAAUUGAUUAAUAAUCCUCAGGGUGUCCCAAAGAAGAUUUAUAAAUUUGUUUUAUAUUGUAUUCCAACUUUUUCAAAUCCAGGUGGUGAAACAUAUGAUUUAGAGACAAGAUUAAAAUUAAUUGAAUUGGCUCGUAAAUAUGAUAUGUUGAUCAUAACUGAUGAUGUUUAUGAUUUAUUAGAUUAUGAACAAUCUUUAGAAGUUUUACCCCAGCCAUUACCAAGAUUAACACAUUUAGAUCGUGAUUCGUAUGGAAAUGAAUAUGGUAACACUAUUAUAAAUAGUACUUUUUCUAAACUAAUCGCACCGGGUUUAAGAUUUGGAUAUCAAGAAAGUGUUAAUGAGAAAUUAGUUCAUCAAUUAAGUCAAGGUGGUGCUAAUGUUAGUGGUGGUACUCCAUCUCAAUUAAAUUCAAUGGUUGUCGGUACAAUUUUACAAAAUGGUGAUAUUGAAAAAGUUAUAAAUUCAUUUAGAAGGGUUUAUUCAGAAAGGGCACAUUUAUUACAAAAAUUGAUCAAGGAUCUAUUACCAUCUGGUACAAAAGCUACAGGCUUCAAUGGUGGUUAUUUCAUUUGGGUUACAUUACCUUCAAAUUAUGAUGUUGGGGAAAUUUGUCAAAAAUUGAAAAAUGAUGAAAAUAUCGUAUUGGCAAAUGGUGAUAAUUUUGAAGUUGUGGGAGAUAUUAGACAUUGGGGUAAGCGUAGUGUUAGAUUGAGUAUUAGUUAUUUGACCAAAGAUGAAAUCCAAAAGGGUAUUGAACAAUGGGCAAAGGUUAUUAAAGAGAUGUAUAAUUGA